AUGACCAUCCGUAGACAACCUCGAAGAAGCGCACAAACUGAAUCUGUUUCCGCGUCUGACCAAACGACUGAAACAGCAGAGGGAAACACUGCAUCCGAUGCGGCAGCUCAGAAUGCAGAUACUUUGGGAUUACCACGGAGCAGUGCUGCGCAUGACAAUCUGGGCACCACAAUCCCACUCCCAGAUACAAAUAUUCAAACAAAUUCGGCAAAGCCCAGGUCUCUCAAAUACUUGCCCAAGAACUCACAGCGGCGUUCUCAAAUCGAACGCGAAGCUCUAGAAAGGAUUGAAGCUCAACGUUUAGCCUCACUACAAGAAAAUGAAGGUCGAUCAAUUGGCUCGUUACGACCUUCAGCGUCGGUUAGAGGCAGAGGCGGAGCGCUUGGUAGCCGGGGAAGACCUAUCACAGACUAUGAGGCAAGCGGUGUUCUUGGAGGAGAUUAUGUGAAAGAGACGGCAACGAAUGCGUCCAAGAAACCAAGGGAAAGCGGUCAGAAGAUAACUGCAGCAGAUCGAGAGGAUCAAGCUGUCGACGAGACUGCGAAUAACAAGGAGGAUACCAACCCCAAGAAGCCCACCCGUGCAGGGGUAAAAAAAGAGGAUGUUACAAAGAUUAAUGCUGAGAAAGAAGUUGACGAAGAUACUGUGGUGGACUCAUCAAAGAGAAAACGUAAGGCGGCUGCCACCAAGACCAAAGUCAAGCAGGAAGACCAGGGGCUGGAUGACGCCGCAGAUGAUACGCAUUGGGACGAAGACAUUGGCCCGAAAUAUGAUAUUGCGCACAUCAGCCUAAUUAGUGACGAUGAAUAUGAAGAUGAUGGCCAUACGCAACCAGAGUUCGCAAAAGGCAAGCAAAAAGAAACUACGCCAGGGGGUCACAGUUGGCAAUUGCGUCCUGUUAGGCUUGAGAGGCAAGAACAUGUUGGGCGGCAGAUCGGUAUCAAUACAGAAGCUAGCUCGCUUACUUCGGCCCAGUUGCGGAAGCGGGCAAAAGAGCGAGAAGACGCAGCGGGCAGUCUAUUUCUCGAUCCCGAGGCUGGUUCCGAACAAGCCAAGACCAAGAGGAAGCCGAAAGAUGUCGAAUUUGUUCGCAAAGAGAGGAAAUGGAAAGGUGUUUAUGAAGACGAAGACGACAUGGAUGAGGUCAGGGUGAAGACAGAGCAAGCUGAUGAAGAGGAUCUUAUGCUUGUAGACGAUGCUCCCGAUACACUAGAGGUCGACCAGCUGCGAGCUACACAUGGAGCCCAGCGGCCAUCAGCAAAAGGCGUGAAAGGCGAUAGUGCAACCACGCGACCAGACGAGCUCGAGUUCUCAGCUCAGCCUAUCACCCGAAGACGAAAGAUAUGCGGAUACCGGGAUCCCAAGUCGAUCCACAAUACAGCAGCCAUGGAGGAUGAUGCCGAUUUCGCCGAGAUGAUCAGGAUCUGGAAAGAUAUAUGCAGCGACCCAGAUAUGAUGGACGCAGAAAGCACUAAUUCCACCGCACACACUGAAAAGCGCCCUGAUCUCUCCGGUCUGAAAGGCGACCACACUCGCGAAGGCAAAGUCUACCUCGUCCAGCUCCCACCCAUACUCCCCAGUCUCCGUAAUGCCACCAAACCAGCCCCCCAAGUGAAAACCGAACCCCAAAAAUCGAAAUCGAAAUCAUCCACCUCAGACCCAACCAUCAAACCCGACCCCGGCACUCCUUUCGGCAAGCUCGACCAGCCUUCAAAGACCACUGAAAUCUCCAAUGCUUACAAUGUCACCAACUUCACCCCCGAAUCAGGAUGUCCCGGUACACUGACCUUCUACGAAUCCGGGAAGAUAAGAGCGGAGUGGGGAGGCUUGGAUUUGGAGAUCGCGAAGAUGCAGACGGCGGGGUUUGCGCAGGAGGUGCUGUUGCAUGAUUACAGUGCGGUCAAUACGAAGAUGGAGAAUCAGGAUGGAUGGGAGGAGGUUGUCAGGGUUGGGACAGAGGCGUGGGCUGUAGGGCCAGUGGAAGGGGGAAUGGUGGGGGGAUUGGAUUGGGAGACUUUGUUGGGAUGA